CGCGCGUAAUUGGUUGCGCAGAGAUUCUCUUAAAUAACUCAAAGCUGGAACGAGUCUCCCCCUCCUCCUGCACUGCCGCUCUCUCAUCCCACAACACUGCAACUAAACUCCGACCUUUCGUGGAGGUCUGUUUAACGCUUUUUUUCCCGUUUUGGAUCAUGUUUUGGCCACUGCUUGUGUGCGUAAUCGUAGCCGGCGCGUCGGUGCCGGCGGGGGCGCAGGUCUCCGGGAGCCGGUACGUGGUGGGGUGUCCGGCCCGGUGCGAUAAGUCCAUGUGUCCGCGGCUGCCGGCGGAGUGCGCGGCGGGCCAGACCCUGGACGCCUGCCACUGCUGCUCCGUGUGCGCGUCCGGAGAGGGCGAAGCCUGCGGCGGCAGCGGGAAGCUGGGGGACCCGGUGUGCGCGGAGGGGCUGGAGUGCUCGGUCUCCGGCGGGGUGGCCUACAGCAUCACGGUGAGGAGGAGAAGCAAGAGCGGGGUGUGCGUGUGCGCCGCCACCGAGCCCGUGUGCGGCAGCGACGGCGUGUCCUACCGGAACAUCUGCGAGCUGAAGAGGGUGAGCCGGCGGGCGCAGAAGCUGCAGCAGCCGCCCGUGCUCUUCAUCCAGCGGGGAGCCUGCGGGAAAGCUCAGGACAACCCAGACAGUCCGAGGCACAAGUACAACUUCAUCGCCGACGUGGUGGAGAAAAUUGCUCCAGCUGUGGUUCACAUUGAACUUUUCCGCAAAAUGACUUAUUCCAAGCGCGAGGUGGCUGUGGCCAGCGGUUCUGGUUUUGUCGUGUCAGAAGACGGCCAGAUCGUGACCAAUGCCCACGUUGUGGCCAAUAAACACAGAGUGAAAGUGGAGCUGAAGAACGGUGCCUCCUAUGAUGCCAAAAUCAAAGAUGUGGACGAGAAGUCGGACAUCGCCCUCAUCCAGAUCGAAGCGCCGACCAAGCUCCCUGUGCUGCUGCUGGGCCGCUCAUCGGACCUGAGACCAGGAGAGUUUGUGGUUGCUAUUGGCAGCCCGUUUUCUCUCCAGAACACAGUCACGACAGGAAUCGUCAGCACCACGCAACGAGGAGGGAAAGAACUGGGCCUUCGCAACUCUGACAUGGACUACAUUCAGACUGAUGCUAUUAUUAAUUACGGUAACUCUGGAGGGCCUCUUGUAAAUCUGGAUGGCGAAGUGAUUGGGAUCAACACGUUGAAAGUUACAGCCGGCAUCUCCUUUGCUAUACCGUCAGACAAGAUCCAAGAGUUCCUGGCUGAGUCAUACGACAGGCAGUCCAGAGGUACCGGGAGAAAAGAUGCUAAGAAGAAGUAUAUUGGCGUGAGGAUGAUGACUCUCACUGCAGCGCUAGCCAAAGAGCUGAAGACGCGACACCGUGACUUCCCAGAUGUCACCUCGGGAGCUUACGUCAUGGAGGUUAUUGCAAAGACGCCGGCUGCGAUCGGUGGACUCAAGGAACAUGAUGUCAUCAUCUCCAUCAACGGCCAAAGGAUUUCAUCAGCAAGUGACGUCAGUGCCGCCAUAAAGAAAGACGACUCCUUGAGAAUAGUUGUGCGCCGGGGCAACGAGGACGCCAUCCUCACUGUUGUUCCCAUGGAGAUUGACCCUUGACACUCCAUUAAUCACACAACAGGACCUGGAGUUAAGUUUAACUUAUCAUCAGUGGACCUUGUAUACGGCAGGGGACUUCUACCCGUGGCCAAAGACCCGGUGGCAUCCCACAUCCAGGAAAACUCUGGCUUUGCCUUGAAAGAAGCGACUGUGCAGACGCUAGAAAAGUGGUGCUACUUACUUUUCUUUGUGUGUGUUUUCACGUUUAGUCUUUAAUGCUUUGAUCAAUGCUACUACUGUUUGGUCACAAAUGUAAUAAUUUGGUUAUUGUUUUAUCUGCGCUCUUAUUUUUUUAAUCUUUUUAACAGACUUUUGCUCAGUCAAGCCAUCUGCUGCAAUUUGAAGCACUCUUGAGACUCACUGAGCAAAUCUGAUUUGUAUAAUUAUUGUUUUCUAAACUCCUUUUUCAAGUACUGUAGAAUGUUUUUGUUAAUUACGUAAUGUAUACUGAGAGGAAAAUAAAGGAUUUACUUACAUUUGUUUAGACAUUCAA